CCUCCAUCACAAUCUAUUCUUAAGGUGAGAAAGGAGAAACUUGGAGGCAGAAUCGCAGCUCUUCAUCAGCUAGUAUCACCAUACGGCAAGACUGACACAGCAUCUGUCUUAUCAGAGGCUAUUGGAUACAUUAGAUUCCUCCACAGUCAAGUUGAGGUUUUAAGUGUACCAUACUUUGGCACUCCUUCGAGAAAUAAUAUGAUGCACCAACAUGCACGAGGAGAUAUGAAUGGUUUAUUCCCUCAGGACCCUGGUCAGCUUGUGAGUGAGUACUGCAUGAAAAGAUCAAACGGAGUUUCAUCAUCAUCUACGAACAAACCAAACCUUAACGAGGAAACUAAGAAAGAUUUGAAAAGCAGAGGACUGUGUCUUGUCCCAAUUUCAUGCACACUCCAAGUUGGCAGCUACAAUGGCACCGACUACUGGGCUCCGGCUUUCGGAAUCAGUUUCCAGUAAAUCAUUUCACUUUAUGCUGUUAGGUUUUGGUCAGCCAAAAAAUUAUAGAAGGAAAAUAGUAUAAUGUUAUAACAUAAUGAGCAACCAAUCUAUUGAGAAAAUUAAGAAGAAAAAAAUUUGAGUUUCCAAGAUUGAAAGCUCAUAAUGUUAUACUCACUUUAGAAACUCGAAGGUGGUUUCUGGCAAUUCGCUUUAGAAGAUUUACAGUUGAUGAGGUUGACGUGUAAGAGAUGGCCUUUAGUACUCGAAGAUUGUUAAUAUGCGGUGAUAGUGUGAAUUAUGUUUCUUUAUCAAUUUAGGAAACUUUAUAACUGUCUCUAAUGUACGUAAUAACUGAGAA